GGCCACACGUGUACUCAUGUAGAUGUUCGUAUGCACGAGCCAAAGGUAUGAGUCCAUGUACGUACAUGCACAUGUUCUCACACAUAGACGCGUCGACAAGCAUUCCUCCCCCUUUCUUUAAACGCAUCCGCUUGCGAAGCAAAAUAUAAAAGCAAAGAACCACCAAUUCCUCCACUGCAAACCCCUCCAAGUAAUUUUUUUUUUUUUCACCACGUGUGAAAUUAUUUUUAUCAUAUUGUUCAAUGCCAUUUAACACACUCAGUGAAGUUCCCGGAACGCAACUAUACCGACUGAACGAGGGGCCUCUACGUAACGGAUCGUCUUAUAGCGGCUUCUGACCCUUCUUACUAGCAUCCUUCCCACUGCCGACACCGCGGAAUGCACAAAAUGGCACACUCAGCCAAGGACAAGAACAUCCGUCUCGAAAGGCACAGCGCGGGAAAGACCCAAGCGUACGGAGACCGCAGUGUGCGCGCGGGGACUGGGAAAUUCAACUGGGGCAACACAACGACGGACUUGACCCUGAGCGAGAGCAAACCCACGGAUAAAAACGACCCCAUGUAUGAUAGCGAAAUUGAGAGAGUCACCAAAGAAGGGAAAAAAUAAAGCAACGAAGGAAGGCUCCUUGGAAGGGCAAGUUUUUCCAUAUGUUAUCCUCACGCGAGGAUCCUUUUAGCGCACAACACAUGUACAUGUGCACAUGUGUGUAUAUAACUGUAUGUACAAGCGCGCACAACUUUUUAACAUUUAUUUUUUUAUUUUUUUUUUUCUUGAAUGAUUCAUGUGACAUGAUCUGCACAAGUUAGUAAAACGGAGAAGGGGGGUCCCUCACUCCGGUCGCACACGGAUGCGGCGCAGCUCUAUCACCAAAAAGAAAAAAAAAAAAAAAAAAAAAACAUUGCUUACGUAUUACAAGAACAAUUUUCCGCCUGAAUGAUAACCUAAACUGCAACCUGAUGCCAUC